AUCGAGUAUUUGUGCUUCUCGCGCAAAUUGUUUAAAGCGCGAAUUGUUAAUUACUAGAAGUUCUCAACCAAUAUGGAAGAUCAGUACUCCUUGAGUUACGUAAAGAAGGUGCUGCACUCGCUGGUGGUGUCUUCGCCCAACUUUAUGACCAUUGACAAGCUGCAAAGGGAUUACCGCUCCGAAGAAGGGUGCAACGUGCCAUACGCCAGACUUGGAUACAAAAGCCUAGAGGGCUUUCUGCGGGACCUUACGGACACCUUUACUGUUAGGGGCACCGGGCUUACUGCCUCCGUAGGGGCUGUCGCCUCAUCCAAGUCCGGGCACAUUCAGCAGUUGGUCCAGCAACAAAAGAAACAAACCAAUAGAAAAGGAAAUCGCGGGAAUCAAAGAACUCACUACCAGACAAGUCGCAGAUCUGAUUUCAUCUUCAUAAACGAAAAGCCUGGCAUCAUGAAUGCCAGACAGACCCCGAGGUCGACCUAUCAGCCACAAGUUGCGGUAUCCUGCCAACCCAAUUAUAGUCGCCUGCAAUAUCCUGUCCACAGUCAGCAAUAUAUGCAGCAGGCAGCGGUAUCUUAUUUGAACUAUAACAACCAGAUGUAUCCCAUAUACUCUUCCAAUCCACAACAAUAUCCCAACUAUAACACGCCAUACCCCGUCUACACUCCCAAUUCUUAUAUAGACUAUAAUGCUUUGGUUUGGGCCGGCUGGCAACAAUUAUCUAACUACCUUUUUGAAGUUGAGAGACAGAGACAACUUACCCAAGCAUUUCUUAUUUCCCAGAAUUUUCCCCGUCCCCAGCCCCAGAGGCGGCCACCACGCCCACAGCCUUUUAAUAUGCACGUGAACAUUCCGCCAAAGCCAAAAAUUCCAGAACGCAGGAUCAACAGCGCCACAAUUGUUGAAAUAGUUGAUUCUUUGUCAAACCUAAAACUAGACAAUGAGACCGAAAAGGCUGAAAAAAAUCUGCCAGAAAAAGUACCCGAUGUCAAAAGUGUUCCCAAGCCUCCAUGCUCCUCAGAUGAUGAAAGGUCAUCUAACACGGAGUCAGAAAUAAUACUCAAGGAUCCAUUUACAUCGGAGGAUGAAAAGCCCGUUGAUUCUAAAGUUAAUACUCUUGAAAAACAAGAUUGGAUCUCGAGCGAUGAAGAUGAGCAUGCCAAACAACUUCCAAAGUCCUUGGACACAAAAUAUGACAAUAAUUUCAAUGGAUACUCCUCCUCUGAAGACGGCAUGGAUGAAGAUGCCAUCCCAGCCUACGCUUUGGACGAUCGAGUAUUAAAUAUUGACUAUCCGGUAGAAGCUGUUCGGUCCGGGUUAAAACUUCCACAGCGCGAUGUUGAAGACAUACUUUUUGUAGAUGAUCGCAUAGAGGUCCAGCUUGUAAGGGUGGACAAUCCGCACCAGUUCUAUUUCUGGAUUUAUAACACCGAAAUAGAUUCGUACAAAGCCAUGAAUUCCAAUAUGCAAGAAUUCUACGAUUCCCAUUCCACGGAUAAGUACAUAAUGCCACUGUGUUUGUUAACGACGGGACAUCUGUGUGUGGUGCGAUCCACCACGAACGGCUUGUGGCAGCGGGCGGAGGUCUUGCGCCACCGUCCUGGGAAUAAGAAGCCUCUUGAGGUGAAGCUAGUUGACACAGGACACGUCAUGAACGUAAGCUACACCAGUGUCAAGUACUUGGUGAAGGAGUUUGCCAACUUGCCGGCACAGUGUUUCAUUGGGCGCCUGGCUUAUGUUACGCCCUGGAAGGGUCACUCCUGGUCAGCCGAUGCUGUUAAUUUCUUCUUCAAGCUUGUCUGCUAUCGCAGGCUUUAUGCCAAAAUCGAAUCAAUUAAGGACGAUAAUGUCUAUGUGGUUCUGGUGGACCCAGACUCCAAAGAACACACUAGGAACUUAAACAAGGCGCUGAUCGACUCUGGUUGGGUACGACGCUGUUACACCUGUUGAAAUCUUCAUCAUAGCUUACGCAUAAAGAGUUAUAUUUUUUGUUUUCUUAGUUAAUUACUUUUAAGUGGCAAAUGAAUGUCCCACUGAUCUCUUUAUUUUCCUUCGAACCGCACAAUGAAACUAAUUUUGUUAUUUUUAAGGCAAACGCUG